AUGAUGGUGGUACACCAAAUUGUCGGCCUGGUCCUGGACUUCUGUCUGAUGGGCUUACCUAUCUGGGUCAUCUACACCAAGAUGCUCUGGUCAAGGAGGGCGUUUCAGGUGAUAUGUGUCUUCAGUGUCGGCAUCUUUGUCGUGGCUACCGGCUGUGUUCGUCUGGCAAUGAUGAAGAAGAGUCAAUUUCUCUCUGACCCGACAUUCAACAUGUCAACAAUUGGUGUCUGGACCAACCUCGAGGGCCACGUCGGCCUCUGGGUCGCGUCCUUCCCAGCGCUUCAACCGCUCAUACGCAUCGUGUCAUUCAAGCUCGGUUUCCGGAGCAAGCUACAAAGUUACGGAGGAGAAGGGCCAUCUGGUACUGGUGGUGGCGGUAUGCGUUCCAAGACAACGCCGUGGUUGAGCGUGCCCAGAAGCAAGGCCGGUUACAUUCGCAAUGGUAGUGGUUUCGAUGCCGCCGAUAAUCAUAGCGAACGGGGUCUCGUACCACAACACAAGGAGGACGACGGCACAGAAAUGGACAACAUACAGACCACGGAUGGCAAGGUAUCAAAGAUUCAGAAACAGGUUGAAGUCGAAGUUAGAGUGGACAAGGCGUCGGCCCGGGCCGAACGGCCGACUUACACAUCUGGGCAGGGUUCCAAGAGUUGGGUCUCAACAACGACAUGA